AUGAAUAUGCUUGAGGAAGAGUAUGUGGAGAGAACAUUUGUAUUUAAAUUUCCAACAUGUACCACAAACCAAGAAUAUAUAUUGGAAAUACCAUUAAAAAUACCAUAUCAUGGUUCUACCAAAGAACUCAUGCACCGUAUAAUGUCAUCUUUUAAACUACCAUACUAUAUAGAAUCAGAUUUAUUGGAAUCAUUGGAAAACACAAUUAAAACACUAACAUUAGAAUUUUAUGAUGAGAAGGCAGAAAAAGCUCUUGAAAAUGCAAAAUCUGGAAAUACAGAUAUUGAAGAACUUAUAAAAAAUUGGGAGAAGAGCUACAAGCAAAAAACAGCUGAAUAUGCUGAUCCCAUUGGAACCACAGAUGAAGAGUUAUUUGCUGCUGCAUAUCAUAGAUUGGUACAUUCUCCAUCACUGGAACCUAUCCUUCAAGCAGAACACAAAUUUGGAAGAGAUGUCACUGAAGUUAUUCAGAUGAGAGACACGCAAUAUGAACAACUUACUCAAAAGCAAACUGAAGAGAUGCGAGUCGCCGUGGAAGCUCUUGAGGCCGGUUCCACCGAAAAAUCUAUAAACGAGAUGGCAGGACGACAUUUUGAGGAACAAAGUUUACUGCAAGGUCACUGGGGAUCAAGAGUCGACGCUUUGAAAUUGGAACAAAGACGACAGUACCGUAACUGGAUCAUGAGGUUACUGGAAGAGCAACAGACUAACAUGCUACCGACUCCAGUGGGUUCUCCAAUGCUGUCGAUGCCACCGAUACGGCCAGCCUUAGAUAAUUUUGUUCACAGCGAGGAGAAGAGCACGGCGGACUACCCUAUCUUGGAGGAAAGUUUCACUAUACAUUUAGGUUCCCAGAUGAAGCAGAUGCACAACAUACGAAUAUUAACUGGAGAUGUUUUAGACUUUUGUAGAACAAAAAAAAGCGAGUCUGGAAUGGAUCCAACACCUCAAAGGCUACAGACAGCUUUAGGAUUGUAUUCUAAUGAUUUAUGUGGAUUAGUGCUAUUAAGCGACAAUCAUUUAGGUAGUUAUUCAGGAAUAACGAAAGAAUUAUGUUCGAUAUGUCAAUUAACGACAGAAUUUCAUUUCUUGCCGAUCGACGAACAAUUGGAAAAAAUUCGAGACGACGUGAAGGAUGCAGUUGCCUGGAGGCAAGCGCAUCACAGAGAAGGAAAUGAGUCACAAACGAAAAAAUCAACGACUAGCAAGAGCUUGCAGACGGGCGAUGUUUAUAUUACGAGGCAUUCAAAUUUAGCGCAAGUCCAUGUAAUUUUCCACAUGGUAGUGAAUGAUUCGUUGCGAUCUGGUGAUAUCAAUUCGAGGCACCCAGUCAUUUUAGGAUUACGAAACAUUUUAAAAACUGCUUGCUGCAACGAUGUGACCACGCUGACUAUUCCCGUUCUCCUCGUACACGAAAUGUCAGAAGAUAUGACUGUAGCGUGGUGUACAAAAAGAGCAGAAUUAGUUUUCAAAUGCGUGAAAGGGUUUAUGAUAGAGAUGGCAUCUUGGGGUGGGGCGGAAUUAAAGAAUUUACAAUUUUUAGUACCAAAGGGAAUGUCCGAAGAGGUAUUUGGUACCCUAGCCACAAUGUUACCAAGUAUAUUCCGAGUAUCGAACCCGUUGGUGUUCAAAGCAACAAGUACACCUCAAACCCCGAAGAAAUGAACUACCGUCUUGCCAUCGUACACGCGUUAAUCACAUUGAAAUUAUUUGUUACUAUGUGUCGCGUAUCUCGGAAGCAAUCGUUGGCCGUGGGCGCAAGCACGAUAUGAUUCCGUGAAUAAACGCCCGACUCUUAACGAGCUGCUUUGUUUAUAUUUCAUUCUCGUUGAGUUUCCAUUCA